AUGAAAGAUGGAGACAAGGGGCGAAGGAUAUUCAUGAUAUUCGGAAAGAUUUCUGUUCAUUCGCUCUGCUCGCAGAGCGGUAUACCGAAAAAAAGAGAGACUUGUCGGAAAUCGCCGGUUGGUUUUGUUUAUCCAACCAAGAAAGGCAUGGGGCUUUUGGGCAUGGUAACUAAACACUUAGUUAGCGUUAGCUUUUCUUUUGAUUUCGCCAACUCAGGUCUUUUAUUAACAUACGAUAUUAUUUUGCCAACUCACAGGUGUAAGCGCUAUAGUACAGUGUUGACUGGUGUGCUUUGGUGUAACCGGGGAGCUGGAACCAAAGAAAGACUGUACCCGGCGUCCCUUCCUCUCAUCAGGCAGCUAUCUCGAGCUCAUUGA